AUGUCUCCAGAAACUAACCAGGACCAGGAUCCUAUCCUCUCCUUGCACGCAGAACUCCUGCCCAACAUCCGACACAUCACACUCUACGUCUCCCUCCCCGCACAUUUACACUCACAGGGCAUCCAACCCAGCAUAUCACUCUCGCAGUCCCGUCGAUCCAUCACCGUCUCGCUCCCUGCCCCCUUUGACCAUGUCUCGGACACAAUCAAGCUCCCUGCCCGCGUGAGCGAAGCCUCUCAUCGCCUGUUGGCGCUUGCCCAACAAAGAGACGGCGGUCUGGGGGAGGGGAAAUGCGCGACCGGCACCGAUGCAGAUCAGCGGGAGUAUUCGUUUCGAAUGCAAAUCGAUAGCGAAAGCGAGUCGUUGCUCUCGAGGGACGAGCCGAUGGAUGGGUUCGUGCCGUGGACGACGCGCGAUAUGGUCCCUGCGACCAGGUUGCGUUGUCGGCAGUGCGAGGGCGUGGUGUUGGAUUCGCCGGCUCGUGAUGAUGUUGACGCUGGGAGCGGAAGUCCUUCGGGAUGGGUCUGGAAAGAUCUACCGAGUGGAAACUGGGCUGAAAUGAUGGAUUUCUGGCACUGUCAUAAACCGGACCCGGAGCCUGAAGAGGGUGAGGAUAAGGGCGACGAAGACCCCAAUGCGACGGUUAAAGGGUAUGGUGCUGCGAAUCAAUUGGUCGCCAUACCUGGUACCGUGCUAGUGGACGUGGCGACGUUUCUGGUAGCGGAAGCCGAGUGUAAAGGCUUGAAACAGGUUCAACCCGAAAGCACGGCGAAAUCCUCAUUAGAGCUGCAGAGAGAAUUGCGAUGUGAGAACUGCGAUUUUCUGGUAGGCAUGGAAGACACCAUUUUUCAAGGAUGGCGGUUGUUCAAGACCAGUCUAUCUGCAAGUACACCACCAGGGAAGCAAGACGGAGAUGGGAAUACUGCCUGGCACAGCCACUCCGUUGAAACCGUCGUGGCUGCUCAAUUGCUGGAGCUAAUAGAACGAGAAAGCACCCGCCGGUUCGUGAUCCAUAGUGGGCAGAGGAAUGGGUUGCUGCUCUGGGUCUUCAACCCCGAUCUGUGGUAUUCAAAUUCGAGCCCUGACCACAGUGUGACGGCACAACGGGCAAUGAAAGUUCUGUUCCAGACUGUUGCUGAUGUCGAUGAGAUGUUGCAUCCCGAGCGUGGCAAGGCUUCGUCGUUGUCUCUUGAUGAGCUUCGCCUGCCGUCUUACGUUUUCUCCGCAGUCUCCGAAGCCCUGGAAAGCGGCAGUAAGAUGCUGCCUGGAUCUGCAAGAAGCUUCCGGGAGUGGCGAGUAGCAGUGAUGCAUCGCUUUGACCGGCUGAAGGGUUGA